GCAGGAGUGCGUGUGGUCGCGCGUGAUGCGGACCAGUUCCAGGUUCCAGCGAGAGUGCGCGGAUGUCGGCGGCGCGGCCUUGGCCUAGUGCGCAAACAAGGAGGGGGGAGGGCCGCGGGCAGGCGGCCUUGACUUGCGGCGCGGGCACCGCCAUCGCUGUCUGAGGCCGCGCGGGCUCGCUCGCUCGCUCGCAAACUAGGGUCGGUGGACCGUGCUUGCGCACGUUUUCUCCCCUCCUCCUCGCCCACCGCUGCCACCAAUCACGCCGCUGCCGGCUCAGCCGUUGGAGCCGCCUCGAUCCGGACUCACCCGCGUUGGACCUCUCCGUUCCCCUCUACUAGGAAUUGGAGAGCCAGACUCCUCACAUGCAUUGACUACGGUUGAGCGCGUGUUUGGUUCGCUGCAGCUAGGAAGCUGGGCGCGCAUGCACUUGUGCAGCCUAGGAUUAUUUCGCUGCAUCCACAAAUACAUAGGAAUCACACUUUAUGAGUUUAUGAGAUCUUCAGCAGUAACAACUAACUAGAAUGGCAAGGUGUAUCCAUUGUACCUGAAAUCCUCAGAGAUCGGUCCAGAUACCUCUCACAAUUUUGCCUCUAUCUAUUUGACUUUUCAAAGAGAGAUUAAUACUAUACCCCUACUGGCUAAAGGGUUACAGAGUAUUCCUAUGGACAUGAUAUCAUCCUGUCCCAUCUGCAAUAUACAAGUUCUUACGGUUGAGCUGGAAUGGCAUGCCAAUAGCCACUUUGAUGACGAUCAACUCCAAAGGGACAUCGAAUUAGCACAUCAGAUAGCAGUUGCUGAAUCAAGUACAGAUACCAUGAAUGACCCAAAACAUUAUAGUGGAUCAUUCACUAGUGACUCUAAUACUAUAGGGGCCUCAUCGAGUCAUAGUGGAUACUCACACCAUUACAGUGAGCUAUUGGAUGAACAAAUCUCUUGUAUGGUCAGAGCACAAAUUCGAAGCAAAGUUCAAGAAGUGGAAGGCGGUAUUAUGAGCUUGUUGAGGAGCUGCUUGGAGUCAGAAGCUGGUUCCUCAAAAAGUAUGAUAUCAGGCUAUAUUGACCAUCAUCAGAGUCUUUCAUCAGAAGAUAAGGGAUGGGGCUGUGGAUGGAGAAAUAUUCAGAUGCUGAGCUCUCAUCUAUUGAAGCAAAGACAAGAAGCUAGAGAAGUAUUAUUUGGUGGUUCUGGAUUUGUUCCUGACAUCCCUUCACUCCAGAGGUGGCUUGAGAUUGCUUGGGAUAAAAAAUUUGAUACGAUUGGCUCCAGCCACUUUCACAACAAAGUUUAUGGUGCCAAGAAGUGGAUAGGGACUACAGAAUGUGCUACCCUCUUCCGCUCUUUUGGCCUCCGUGCAAAGAUUGUAGAUUUUGAUAGCACAGAAUCAUCCGACCUCCAAAGUAAGAACAGUAGCCAUGCAGCAAGUCAAGUACGAGGACUUAUGGAUAAGUUCUUAAUAAAGAGUAAUUCCCCUAAAUCAUCGUCUGAAUUUUGUCAAGAGGAUGCUGAAAGUAUGAGAGGCCAACACGCCCUUGUUGACUGGGUUUGGAACUAUUUUGCAUGUGAGCGCUCUGAUAGAUUAACCACACAGCGUGCCACUGUCAGCAAUAAAACACCACUCUAUUUUCAACAUCAAGGUCAUUCAAGGACAAUUGUUGGGAUUCAAAAGGAAAUGGUUCACCGUGGAUCUCAAGAACAAUACACCCUUUUGAUUUUAGAUCCUGGUCAUAGAACUGCAGAUCUAGAAAGGUCCCUAAGAAGCAAAAAUGGAUGGCAGCGUCUGGUGAAGAGAGGUGUCCACACGCUCAGGAAGCCACAGUAUCAGUUAUGUUAUGUGGAUCCUGGAAUUGCUAGUUCAGAAGAGAUGGAGCAACUGAAGACUAUUGAUAGUAUGCUUGUCAGGUUUUAGGUUCCUGAAAACAGGAUGAGGAUUAUAUGUGUUUUGCACACAGGGCACUCCCCUGGUUGAAGAAACAAGAACAUCUAAUCCAUUGCCGAACGGUGCGCUGUACGAAUGACACAGCAAGGAUGGGCCUGCAGAAAGAUCUUUGACGCUGCCUAACUGAAUCUGCUUGCAGACUGGAUCUACUGUUGUUUGGAGGACCUUAGAAGGGUCCUGACUGCUUUCGUAACUGGACCUGCCCGUUGGGCUUGUUCGGUUAUCUGAACGACUGAACCUGUGGUGUAGGUAAACGAAGCAGAGCUUGAUGUACAGUACAGUCGCUUGUGUUGAAGUGGAGAGAAUAAAAGUGUUUGUACAUAUAAUAACAUCCUGCAGUUGUUAAUCUUUUGUUACACAUCUGAUGCCGCCCGCGCACUCAGCUCAGUUGACUGGAAUAUUGACUCAAGGAUCGUAUUCUGCACAAGUUGGAAUCUGGCCA